CAUCGAGCAUCGGAGCGUAGUGUGAUACGGGGAUGGAGGCCGCGCGAGCAGGCAAACGACUCGAGGGAACAGAGUCGAGGAUCGAGAACCAACCGACAACUCAGGAAGGCAGUGCACGCCCGACUGCCGACACGAGCGGAUGGCGUACGUUGUCGCUCGCGCCACGAUUACCUCGUGAUUUUUCUUUCUGUCAGAUACGGUCACCGUCAUCGAUCUUGUGACGAGUCGCACAGUAUUUUCAGUCAUCUAUUGCGACUUCACACAGUCGGACACUUCAGGUUUGUUAGUGACAUUGCGUGCCGCGCUUCGAUCACGAGAUAGAAAGAACAAGAAAAAUAAUAAAAGGAAAUAAAGAAACAGAGAAGACGAAAGAUAUUUGUUUUCUUUCGAUAUUCAUUUCUAUCGGAUUUCAUCAUCGUUUUGUUUUUGUCAUCCACGGACAUAUCGCAUACCGCGCACGUAACCUUUAAACCACGUGUGUGCGCACGCACGCACGAUUUCAACGACGCACUUACACGUUAUCAGGUCUGGGCGCUGGCGUAUGGGGCGCCCUCCAAAAGUCGCGCAUGCAACCCUACCGGAGCCCGCUGACGUUGGUUACCAUAGUAGCGCGCGUGCCGAUCAGCUGAUCGUUGGGAUUCGAGCGUGUUCGACCGUCGGCAGUCGGCCAGCAGCGGCUCCGUCCACCCGUUUUAUGCGUUAUCUUCCCAAACGUUCGCGCAACUUGAUCGCCUUUCGCGUCGUGAUUUAGUGAUGAAAAUAACUAACUAUUUCGCGAACAUCUGACAACGCAGAUUCCGAAGAAAAAUUAAGAAAUAAAACAAAUUGAAUAGAAAAUUGAUUUUACUCAUCGCUUGUAUUAUCCACCUAUUCGUUUUUAUCGAUGUUCGAAAGAUACACUGUUACAAUUUAUUACCCAAUCGAUCGAUACAUGUUCAGAUGAUGGAGUCAAACACGAUUUCAGAUAAAUAAGUGUUGAACAAAGUGUAUUAUUUCAAUAAUCCAUGGUAUGUGUAUUUUUGUGAUAAAAAAAAAAAAUCAAUAGCAUUUUUGUUAAUCAUUGUGCACAGAUUGAUCGAGACACAUUAUGACUAUUGAGAUCUUGUGAUUUACAUCACGUAUUUUAAAUACCGUCCAAAAAUGAAAUUUAAUGGAAAUAUAUGUAGUGGAUUAGUGGAUAAAUAUUUAUUAUCAUGCUCUUUUGUUGUAAAAUAUCUCGAAUGAAAUAUCGAACCACUUUUGUUGUCAAAUAUUUACGAGAUAUAUUUAAAUUAUAUUGAACAAAAAGCAAUAUUAUUAAUGCUAAAUAGGAGAUGGUGGAUAAAUAAUAUAUUAACAUAAAUACUAUAUUAUAUAAUUUUUCGAAACAACAUUUUAAUAUCAGAUGAUUUUACGAAUAUGAUUGACAUUUGGUGACCAUUUAUGACAUGAUACAAAAUAAACGAAGCAAACUUACGAAAAAACGAUCGCUCAUUGAAAUAAAUAUAUUGCAAAAUUAUAAAGAAUAUUUUAUAUUCAUUGUUUAUUAUAUUAUCAACGGUUAAUUUGCAAACGAAACAAAAUUCAAUUGCUCAAAUUAAAUCGAUAGUGUUUUGGAAUACACUUGCACUGUGAAGAUGAAACAUAAUCGUUCCAAAUCGAUUGAUCAAAAGAUGAUGUCAUAGCGUAUCUUCGAAAAAAUAUCGAUAUAUCGAUAUUGUUUCGUGUCAGAUGUCGCUAGACUAUCGCGAUGGCCGCGGAAUCUUCGUCAGUACGAAAUCGCGUCGAAAGAACGAAUUGUGAAUUGAAAAAUAGUGAUCGUAGUGAUUGAUAGUUUUUGUUGAAAUAAAAUUCGGACUUUUUUGGUAACGGGUUAUCGCAGGAUGUGAAUGUUUCAUUGUUAUGAACAUAUUUUGACAAUCGUUUGUACCUGUGACGAUUCAAUCGUGUGUACCUUGACUGCAUUAAUCAGACUUUUUGUGAAUAUGUGAAGUGACUGAGCUUUUUUUUCGUCGAACUUUCGUCAAAAGUGAUUUUCAUUUUGUUUGUCGUGAUCGCAAUUACAUUAUUAUGUACCGAUCGCAACAAUGACAGUUCGAGAUAUUUUCUCGUUCACACGGAAAUUCUGUGAUAGCCGAUGCCAGCAACGCCAUUACUUGGAUUAAGUCAAGUGUGAGGAGAACGCCGUUCCUGAAAUCAUCUUGAUAGAAAGCUUGGUGACGUACGCCGAACGGGCCAGUAUUCAUGCCAGUAUGCCAAUCAGAUGCCAGUAGAGAGCCAGUAUCUGUAUCUGUCGCCACCGAUAGCCAAUUAAUAAGUUACUUAGAUAGUUAAAUUAAUAGGCAAUACAGAAAGCGAAAAAAAAAAAGAAAAAAAAGGAAAGAAAAGAAAAAAAAACGUCAAUGUUUUUUGAAUAAUUGUUGUUAGAAGGCGUCGUUCAAUAAGCGUGACAGAUAUACACCACGUAUAUUAAUAUACACGCAACUACAUAUAAUACCGAUAUAUAAAUAUAAUUACGCAUUAAAAAUAUAAGAAACAAAUAUAUAUAUAUAUAAAAUAUAAUCGAGAGGAGCACUAAGUGUCGGAAUCGCGCGAGCAAUUAUUUUUCGCAUCGCACUUUUUUUUUAUUCCCCUCUUCCCCCGCUCCGCCCCAUCCCCCCCCCCUUUCUUCUUCGACCAUAAUUUUCUCCGCUCGUCGUUGAUCGUGGUUUUCUUUUUCUGAAUUUAUCGGUGACCGCGUAUGAUUCCCUGCGGAGAGUAUAUUCAUAAGAUUGGACAGAGAGUGCAAUCGAGUUGUGAUUAUCGAAGUGGACCGACCGAUCGAUUUCUCGGCUGUGAAGUGAAUUAAUAUCCCAGGAAAACGAUUGAAAACGGAGAAAGGAAGUGAGCACGCAGGCCGAGUACACAGGCGAGCAAACGGUGGCUGGAAACGGUGACUUACAUCGAGAGCGCCAACCUGCAAUCAAGGUUCAUGGUUUUCAUGGAUGAGAGCGAGCUCUCGAGCAAGCGGUGGGCCAGCGCGCCCCGCCGCCCGGACAGCCCCUGCGUCCUGGGGGCACCAACGUCUAGGGAGGCGGCGGGACCGCCGGUGCAGCUGGAACCAGUGGACCUGUCCGUGAAAACUCCCGUGGUGUUGCAGGUGCCCAGGUACAGUCCAGCGGCUAUAAUUACCGCCACGGCUAGAAGAAUCCCUUCACCUUCCACGACGCCUACGCCACCGCCGCUCUCCGCAUCUACCGUGUCGCCGCCUGUGGUCGAAACAGCGUGGGAUAGAAACCGGGAGCGUGAGCGCGAGAGAGUGCGGGAGAGGAGCACGGAGAACGAGCACAGGCAGCUAGACAGAGAAUCGGGGAUAAGGGAGAGGGAGACGAGGGAUCGGGAGAAGGAUCGCGACAGGGAGAGGCAAAGGGACAGGGAUAGAGAGCGGGACGUGUCGGUCCGCAUGAUGGAACCGCUCGAUCCUGUCUUCGUCUCCCCCUCGGCGGCCCUCCUCGCGUUGCAGAGGAUAAAGGAAACGUCCCUGCGAGAAACCGUAUCAGUGCACAUGGGAGGGUUGCACGUGGAAAUUCGCACGUUCCGACGAAUUAACGCGGCACUAUCGCAAGCAUACGGGCCAGAAGCCGUUCAAGUGCCAUCUUUGCCAACGAUCGUUCUCGCGGAGCGACCACUUAUCGCUUCACAUGAAAAGGCACUGAUAAAAAAGAAGGACCGUCUUAGCCCAUGGAAGGAGAAGAAAAAAAAAAAAGUGGAACGAGGGAAAUGGAAAGAAGGAGAAAAGAGACCGCCUCGUCCCGGGAAUUUGGGGACCUCGUUUAUUAUUAUUAUUAUUAGUGAUCAUGGACGACGACGACGACGACGACGACGACGAAGAUGAUGAUGAUUCUUUUAUUUUUUUUUCUUUUUUUUUCCUUUUUACAUUCGGGACCUGAAACAGCCUCCACGUUGUUACUCGAGUCACGUUGCAUCGUGAAGAGUUCGGAGGCGGAAACUAGGAGAAAAAAAAAAAAUGAAGAAGCAAACGAAAUCGUUCAUUAGAUUUACGAGUUUAAUCUAAUGGAGGUGUCAUUGCGGAUUAUCGGCGUAUAAUCGCGCAAGCCUGCUAGCAAUCGUGAAACGUUGUGAAUUUAUUUCCUUUUUUAUUUUGUUCUUGUUGAAUAUCGCCUGCCCCCUUACGGGGAGGGGAACGAAUUUCUGUUUUCAAUUUUCAUUAUUUAAUGAGCGAAGCUUGUGUGUAGCGUGUAAGAAUUGUUGAUAUUUAAAGAUAUUUGAUUUAAAAUUUAUUUAUUCUUCGUGGUGCGGUGGUUUAUUUUAAGGAAUCCUACGAACGGAUCGUAGGAAGCAUAGCUUCGACGAUGAAAAAUGAAUUUUGCAUAGAGAAGAGAGAAGAUCGAUUGCUAUGGGUUUCCCGCAAGAAGCAAGCACGCGGUAACGCGUGAUUUUUGUUUUCUUUUUUUUUUUUCUUAUUUUUUAGCAAAUUUAUACUUCUCGUUCGUAUUUUCCAGUUUGUUUUCAUUUUUUUUCUUUUUUUUUUUUUUUUUUUUCUUCGUACGGUUAAAUAAGGCCAGCUCAACUAGUCUAGAGCACCAUAUGUAUCGUAUAUUGCGAAAAAAAAAAUAGAGCCAGUAAAGGGGGAAAAUGAAGUAAAUAUCGUUAUAAGGUAAUUAAACGGUAAAAAUAAGUAAAAGAGAAUAUCGAACUCCGGUGACGGAGCUUGGGACUUAGCAUGCUCAGUUAAAUAAACUACAAAUCGUGAUCGUUAAACAUUUUUUAAUGCAUUGAGAUAGCGAUUUAUCAGAUUAUGCACAAAGAAUUUCGCGUUUAGGGACGGACAAUCAUCGACGUUUUCAAUUCUCAAAGAAAACGAGGGAAUUCGAACGCUCUGAAAGCCAGUAUUACGUGUGCAUUAAGCAAUACAAUUGUGUAUGCUUAUCCGACCGCAUUGCGAUGCUUUUUCCACGUGUCUUUCUUCGUUUCAAUCGUGCUAAUCAUUCUUCGAUCGUACCGAUUUAAGCGAAAACGGUACAUCGUUUCGCCGUAUACAUACACACACACACACACACACACACACACACAUACACGUACAAGGUGCCAAAGUAGAAGGUGCAAACUUAUAGAUGCGAGUCAAGACGCCCAAUUACGCUCAAUUAUUAUUAAACGAAGAAAUAAGAAGAGGAGGAGGAGGAGGAAGAGGAGAAAAGAGCAGAUCGAAGAAUUAUUUUUUAAACGCUUUUGCAUCGUUGUCAAAUAUACGUGUGCCACGUGUGUCAUGGCGAAAAUGAAAAAAAAACGAGCUUCGUUUCCGCACAUUUUAUUUUGGCAUCUGUUCCGAACGAAACGAGAUAACUCAAGGGAUACACAUAUAUUUUGGAGACCAA